AUUGACUGGCCKUUAUUUAUAUCAUCAGGACAUGUAGACGAGGAGCAGUGGGUUGAUAGGAUCAAGACCAUACUGUCAGAUGAAGAGAUUAGUCACCUGACCAGUGUUUAUAUUUUACYACCUUCAUCUGCUCAACCAAUACCCCACACUCAAAGUCAUAGCUCACCGAUUCCUGAGGAAAUAAUUAURAGGAUCUCCAGCAAGAUUGUUGAACAUAACUGGAAUCAAUUGGCACAGGAGCUUGGGUUUACUGACCAAGACAUGAAGGUUUUAGAGAAGCACUUUCCUAACAGAUCUCGUGAACAAGUUUAUCAGAUGCUUAAACACUGGAGAGAAAAGGAAGGUUCUACAAAACAGGCUUUGGAAUCUGCACUGAAAAGGUGUGGAAUGGAUGAUGCCUUGUCUGUUCUUCAAAAUGAAGCAGUGGGACAAUUAUCAAGUGCUGACCAAGUGACGUGAAGAUCAAAGGGAAGUGGAUGGCUGGAAUGGRCUCUUGCUUGAUGUUAUGUGAACCUCAUGAAAUAGAGGUGUGUCUGCAGAACCUACAUACCAUAUAGACUUACAUGGUGCCGUGUGGUCAAGGACCAUUGUAUCUGAUAACACCAUACUGUAGCUAGUUUAUGUAGGCCAGUGCUUUAACCCUCUACUAAGCUUUGGAGGUCAUUUUAUUUUCACAAGUUUGAUUGGACAAAGAGUCACCAUGUGUAAUUCCAUAAUUAAGGUGCACAAGAAUAGAAAAUCAAUUGAAUGUCAUAUUAUUUCUGUUUCUUAUCAGCUGGUUUGACUCUUACAUAUGCUUGAUAAUAGAAGUUACUAAACAAAACCACCAUACUAAUCCCAUAAAAAAUACCAUACACACAAAACCUAUAGUACAAAUAACCAUAUGUACACUGCACUAAACCUAUGAAAAACUGGAGAAUCUGUAGCUGAGUCAUCAGUUUUUUCCAUGUUGGUCGCUGUGCUUGAUAGAGAGCACUCUGACCAUAGUAGAAGUACAAAAACACAUGGACAAAUGAGUUCAGCGCUAACAUGAAUCCAAUUGCUGGCCAGGGAUAGAAGUGGUAUGCAUAGUCACUUAGAAGAAGGAUGGUUGAGUGGUGAUAGACCUGGAAGAAAUAAGAUAAAAUAAAAGGAAAUGAAAUAAAAUCAAUAAGAUAAAAAUAUAAAAAGAGAUAACUAGCUAAAAACUAGCAUGAGCUGCAUCGGUGUUUCUAAUGAAACAAUAAUGAUAAGAAGGUAAAUUAUACACCAUGAAAAGAUGAAAAAACUUACUUAACAAAAAUAAAAUGAAAUAACAUGAAAUGAAAUGAAAUAAAAUAAAAUAAAUAGGAUUUAACAGAGGCAUUUCCACAGGGUGGCUCUUCAUCCACCAAAAUUACGUUUCCAGUAACGCAGGUUCUUUUUAACAAAAUGCAUUCAUAUAUUGGAGGCUUACUAAUAUUGAUAUGCUUUAUCAGAUGUCAAAACUCUUGCUAAUUCRAUUAAAAUUCAAAACUUG